UUCCUUUAUGCGCAAUCUAUAGCCAAAAUACCUAUCGACCGACCCCUCUAUCCAUGGGUGCUGGGGACAGUAAGCUCUCCUUCAAGAAGGGCGUCUUUCGUCUUGCCGAAGAACACGUAAGUUAAUUACUUACCGCUCCUACUUUGCCCCUGUCCCACCCGGACCAGACAAACUGACCUCUUCCACUUACCCGCAGAAUAUCCCGCCUCAUGAUCCGUACUGGCUUUCCUUCUGGGAGCUCCCUGAAUCCGCUGAAGAUGUUUUCACACUCUUUGCUGCUGCCGAUAUCCGUCGUACUCGCGACCAGCACCUUGAAAACUUGGAGACGCUCAUUCUGGUAGUCACCUCAAGACUGUUCACCUUAAAGAGCCAUCCCUCGUUCCCGGAUCCCGAGCUGGCUCCGGAGAAGCAUGCCCUGAAUUGUAUUCGAGUAUUGACGAGGUUGCUACCAUUUUUAUACGAAAAGGACGGACUGGAGGGUUGGGAGGAGAAGUUCUUUUGGGGUGCAAGACGGAAGAGGUCCAGGAAGGCUUCGCUUUCUAGAGCGGAGGUCAUUUUCGAUGAAGCUCAUCCGGAUGAGGAACCUCGGCCGCCCACGGCGGCAGAGGAUGUCGAAUCGGCCCCACCUUUGAUGGAAGAAUUGAUAGUUACCCUGAUUGACCUACUCUUCUACUCGGGAUUUACCAUGAUGGAAAAUCCCUCGUCAAAGGGAAAAGUCACAUAUGCUAUUUGGCAAAGCGGCGUUGGGUGUAAUGCCCCGGUUGGGACUACCAAGGAACUGGAGUCCAACAAGAUCGAAACGUUGAGGCUGCUACUCGCAAUCACAUCCAAGGCGAUGUUCAUACCUGCAAGUCGGUUUUACAUCCACCUGUGUCUGGGAUCCUGUGUGGUACUGACAUGUGGGUGAUAGAUAUACUGCCAGUGAGGGGGACAAGAGCCCUAACCUACAUAGCAACCAACCCGGACAAGAAAGUUGUGCUCUUGACUUUAUGCUCGCUAUUGAAUACAGUCGGUGCCUUGAAUUCCCCGCCUGAAGGGAUAUAUAACUUACUCCCGGAUGUCAGACCUUAAAAUAUAACCCCGCCAGUUGGAGAGUUCCUUAUGAUCAUGUCGUAUUUUCAGACCCUCGGCAAGUUCUUGUAACAUACUGUUUACAACUGCUUCUUGUUCUCCUAUUAUACCCUGUCCCGGAGGGCAGGCCAGAUGAGCCUCCACUCAAGAACAGCUACCGCCAUUAUUUGGGGAGACUUCACAGAACUCAAGACUUUCAAUUCUUGGUUGAUGGAAUGACCCGUGUUCUUAAUCAACCUGUAAGCAACAUAUUCUUUGGAGGCGAAUUUACGGUGCUAAUGCCCAGAGAAGAUCCAGGCUACUACAUCCUACCUCCCUGGUAGCCAGAAGACUAUCCAAUGGGCCCCGGAAAUGUUGAUGCUCUUUUGGGAGAUCUUGCAAUGUAAUAAGGUAUGCUUUCCCCACCAUUGGUCGCCCCAGCUUCCCUACCUAACCCCGAUCUAGCGGUUCCGAAGCUUUAUUAUCGGAACAGAUCGAGUCCAUGACUUUGUGAUUUUGAUCAUCUACUAUGCACUAGAGCACAGAUUGGAUCCUUCCAAGUCCGGGGUUGUCAGAAUGUGUGUUUUUGUUCUGCAGACUCUGUCUACGGAGCCGAAAUUUGGCACGAGUCUCAACAAGCACUUUGAGGGACAAAACACACUACCGUCCAGCGUUAGGAUCCACUCCUUCAAUGGAACUUAUGCAGAUUAUCUGUUAAUUGUAAGUAAUCCCUUCCAAUGCGCACCUAAUUUUCCUAACAAUUGGGGUAGUCCAUAUACAGUUUGAUCACAGGCAGUAAGGGUAGACUUGGUGCUGUAUACCCUGCAUUACUAGCAAUUAUUGCGAAUGUUGCUCCCCAUAUCAAGCCCCUCUCAGCAGCAGCUAGUACAAAGCUUGUUCAACUAUUUGCUUCAAUGUCAGCACCGGCCUUCUUGCUAGCGAAUGAGACAAACCAUGCAUUGUUGCACUCUCUUCUGGAGUCAAUGAAUUCUAUCAUUGAGCACAACUACUCGGGUAAAACUCAUUCGAGCUUGUCUUUAUUAGGUCUAACUAUCGGGUGUAGAAAAUGCAAACUUUGUUUAUGCCAUCUUAAGGGCCCACAAAAGAUUCGAGGUGUUGAGAAGCUUUACGCUCGAGAGCGGGCAAGAGGAAAUUGACCGUCAGAAUAGGCAGAAGAAGGAUCGAGCGGAAUCUCAGGAUAGUUCAGCGAGAACCCUAAUGGGCCGAGACGAUUUGGCCCCACCUAUUGAUGAGCGAAAGCCAGUGGUUGGGUCGGAGUCACCAAUCCCACCAAGUCAGUUUGAGAUUGGCGAUGACGAAGACUCGGAUGCGGAGGACGGGUCUGCGAACCAACCUCCCGCCCCGUCUGUCGAAACUCCAAUGUCUGCUCGAUCACCCACCAUUCCAUCCCGCACGCCCUCCGUAUCGUCAUCCGCCGAGGAUGCUGUUCCCAUACAACUACGAGCAAUGUCGGAGAAGGCUAGAGGCAAACUCCCAGAAGGUGCCUUCCAGAGACAGGCCAGUACCACCAGUCUAGCGAGCCAUGCAAGCGCUCCUGCAACGGUGACAUUGUUGAAUGGGUUCACACCUUCAUCAACAUGGGUAUGUGCUGUUUCAGAUCCCAUGAAUGGCGAAUGACGCCCUGACUUCAGGCAGAUCGAAUCGUGGCUUCCUCAUCUACCACUUCACACAAUCCUUGCACUCAUUCAGCAGCUACGGCCUCAACUGCGUGAGGUUCUCGCACGCGGCAAUGGGGAACCCAAUGCCACUUCGAUGCUUGAGUGCAUAAGGACUACAGAGAUUCGCGGAAUUGAUCCUUCGUUGAUUAAGACUCACAUGUUCGAAUGGAGUCCUUUGGCACUGGGCUGGUACGAGUCGUUACUCUGGGGAUUCGUUUUCGUUGCAGAGAGGCAUGUAUCGAAGGGCACCGUUGGUGUAUGGAAUGGGACGGUGGUGAAGCUAUUCAGGGUUCAAGAGACUGCCCCAGAAGGUCCGAGUCUACUGGCACCCCGGGGCGGCGUGGAUGCAAUCGGAACUAACCUAAUUGAGAGGCUGGGGGGUGUGGGCUUAGGAAGAGGGCAGCGGCAGCCCAAUUCUAGCGAUAGCGGGGCUGGCGGGGGUGGGGAAAGACAUGCGGCUGUGUAAUUAGUAGAUGUCUGUACUGGAUCGUGGGACCUUUGCUUUUUGGUGUUAGGGAUUGUAGCUAGAUUACCGGUAGUUGAGUUAAGUGAUUCUUAUAAACC